AUGACUAGAACUCCUGCUGAAUUACAUACCGCUAUAACUUUUAAAAACUUUCUCUCUGUUUCUCAGAUUGUUGAAUCAGGCACAAACAUGGAUAAGCUGUGGAGAGGUAACACAGCUAUUAGUUGUGCUGUUUACAAAAGAGCAUACGGUAUUUUAGAUUAUUUAGUAAGGAAAGGUGCAAAUGUAAACAUACGCACUCGAGAUGACAGAAUGGAACCACCCCUAUUUGCAGCUUGUAGGCUUGGACAAUUAGAGGCUAUAAAAAUUUUAUUGAAAUCAACAAAUGUUGAUGUGAACCAAAGAGAUUUUUUCAACCACACACCUCUUUGGGCAGCAGCAAGAAUAAAUUCUUAUGAAAUAGUUGAGCUAUUAUUAAAUAAUGGAGCUGAUAUUUGUGCAGCUCAGCGCCUUGUAGAGUGCCCUCUAAUUGUAGCUCUUAUUAGAAGAUAUACGUCUGUUGCUCACCUUUUAAUACGUAGAGGAUACAGAGUAGAUAUAGAUUUUGAUUCUGCUGAAUUACACAGGAAGCCACUUUACAUAACAGUUCAACAUGCUGAUUUGGAAACAUUUGUUUUGCUCAUAAAUGCUGGUUGUCAAAUAAAAAAAGCAGAGUGGCUUUCACCAAAUCAAUUACCGCAUGACUGGAAAAAUGACAAAAAAUUGUGUAAAUGGAUUGAUACCUUACAAAAUACUCCAAGAACAUUGCUCACUUUAACAUCCUGUUCCAUUCGUCAAAUUCUAGUCAAGUGUCACAAGAAUAUUUUUUCGGAACAUGUAUGA